UGAGCGAGCUUCACAAAUAGCAAAUAUGCUCCAGAAUGAAACUGCUGAAAUACAAAGUGAAUGGCAAAAUCUCCAACAAGAACUAGAAGAGGAAAAAGAAAAACUACGACGUGACCGAGAAUAUCUUGAAGAAAUAAGGGCAGAACAACGUGAACUGGAAGACUUUGAAAAACAUGAGAAAGAGAUGAUAGAACUGCAGGAGUUUGAAGACCUUGAGAGAGAAAUAGGAGAAGAAGAGGGAGCUGAGGAACAGGAAGCACUUCAAAGUGAAGUUUAUGAAAGGGCCUUUGACCCAUCAGUGCCUGUUGAUCUGACUGCAAACUAUCAACCAAUUCCUCCUGUUAACUUCAUGCCCAGUGAUGCUGAUACAGAUGAGUCAUUCUGCAUUUAUCCAGGAAUGCGAGUAGCUGCAGAGAGUAAUGGAUUCAACAAGUUCCAUCAGCUCUCUCCACUUGUAGAGGACUCUACAUGA